UGCACUCACGAUAUCCUGCAUUUAAACUGCUGCCAUGGUGUUAGUGUUGGUCUCUGAGGUGAGGUGCGUUCUGUCUGGGAUUAACCUGACAGGAUAAUGGAAGAAGAGCUGAAUUACGUGACGGUGACUUUCAAGACUAAGGGUAAUUCUGCUCAUGAGAAAUCAUACGACAUGGAAGCAAUCUACGAUGAGGUGAAGACAUUGGAGAAGAAUGUGUUGCAUGCAGAUCCUGCCACACCAGAAAAGGAAAAGAAAGCUCAAAGAUACACUCCGCUUCAUCUGGUGGCAGCAGCUUUGGGGAUACUUUGUUUCAUCCUGGUGUCGGCCUUCAUCACCGUCAGAAUCCACUUCAACACAGUCAUGUCAGAGCAGCACAGAGAAGGAAACAACUUGAUGGCAGAGAAUCUGCAGCUGCGGACAGAAAUGACGGAUUUAAAGAGACAGAGAGAAAAGCUGACCAGAGAGAGAGACCAACUCAACUGGACCCUCGGAGUCAUCAUGGAAUAUCAAGACCUCCCUGUGAAAACACUCUGCCCACAGAAAGUGUGUAAACCUUGCCUGGACGGCUGGGUGCCGUUUCAGUCAAACUGUUACCUGUUUAAAGCAAAUAAAUACUUCUACGAUUGGAAGACUUGGCAGGAUAGCCGCUCUGAUUGCCAACUCAUGCGUGCAGAUCUGGUGGUGAUUGAGAGCCUCGAGGAACAGGAAUUCAUCAAUAACCACACAGUGGACUAUCAUAAGGAUGAUAAUCAUGGAUAUUGGAUCGGCUUGAGGAAGACGGGCAUGUGGACGUGGGACUGGGUAGAUGGACGCAACCUCACUGUGAUGUUCUGGAAACCACAAGAUGGCUGCAGAGGGAAUUGUGUUUUGAGUCAGCAGAGAGCAGAUCCUCUGGCCAACUGGUGCGGAAAGAGCUGCUCAAUGAAGAACCGCUGGAUCUGUGAAACAAGAGCUUUGAUCAAACAAGAUUAGGCUUUGGCUAUAUCAUCCAAAUGGGUUAUUUAACAUGUAAUACUUCUUCUUUAUGUCUUCCUCUCAAAGCUGUCUCAUAGUGUUUCUCCUGUUUGAGUUUUUGUACUUUUUGUAAUUCAUUGCCAGUUCUACAAAUGCUGCAGAGUACUCCAUUACCUUUGAGAUAUGGUAUGCUUCAAAACAUGUGUGUAUUAAAGAAAGUCAAUAAAAACUAUCCAUCCAAUGUC